GGCACCGAUAUGAGAACAUCCCAUGUAAGACCAUGUCUGGGACAUGGCUUUGGCAUGUUAUUAUCAGAAGAGACCCGAGUAUCCUUAUUAUUCCAAUGUAGCUCAACGGGCUUGUAAACGAAUUAUGUUCAUGAAAGUUCAGUUUAAAGCAUAAAUGGCAAGCUCAGGUAAGUUAUAAGAGUUAAGAACUUAUUAUACUAUCAAUUGAUGUUCAACGAUGCAGCAAGAGUUGAGUAAGUUAUGCACACAAGUAUUCUAAGUAAACAAGUAAGAGAACUAGUAUGAGAUUAACUAAAGAGUAAACUAGAGAUAUAGACAUUGAGUUUAAUUAUUUAAGUUAAAUAUUGUUAUUUAUUUGCUAGUAAACUUACUAAGCUUUAUGCUUACUUCUUUUAUUUCUCUUUCUCUUAUAGUAUUGCAAAGCUACUUCAAGGAUCCUAAAGAAGUCGGAGAUCGUCCACACUAUCAACUACAACUGCUCGUUAUGGAUCCUGAACGAGCUAGUACAGAUGAAGUAGAGAGUAAUGCGCCUAUUCCCGCAGAAGGGACGGUGCCAUCAGAUGUUAAUGUUAGUGAAAGACCUGCAUCAGAUAGACAGGGAGGAGGAGCUAGAGAAGCCUUCUUCCAAGCCAUGACUGAUUGGUUUGCCGAGUUCGUUCGUACGAAUCCGGCUAUAAGACCUCCACCCCCUCAAGAAUCACAGGUUCCCCAUGUAGCUUCCCCAGCUGCAGGUAUAGUUAUCAGGGAGAGACCACCUGUUGAUAAGAUUAGGAAGCAAGGGGCUGAAGAAUUUCGGGCUACCAAAGAUGAUGAUGCAGAAAAAGCAGAAUUCUGGCUUGAGAAUACAAUCAGGGUUUUUGAAGAAUUAUCUUGUACACCGGAAGAAUGUAUGAAGUGUGUGGUCUCACUUCUCAGAGAUUCAGCUUAUCAUUGGUGGAAGACUCUCGUGUCUAUAGUACCGAGUGAGAGGGUUACUUGGGAUUUCUUUCAGGAGGAGUUUCGAAAGAAGUACAUCAGCCAGAGAUUUAUAGAUCAGAAAAGGAAGGAGUUUCUUGAGCUAAAACAAGGUAAAAUGUCUGUGACUGAAUAUGAACGCAAAUUUGUCAGACUUAGUAAGUAUGCUCGGGAAUUUGUAUCCACUGAAGCUAACAUGUGCAAGAGAUUUGAAGAUGGGCUUAAUGAUGACAUCCGACUAUCAGUGGGGGUAUUGGAAAUCAGAGAGUUUGUUGUUCUGGUAGAAAGAGCUUGUAAAGUAGAAGACUUGUUAAAAGAAAAAGAGAAGAGCAAAGCUGAAGCUGGAGCGCAGGAUACAAAGAAGAGGCAAAUGAGUAAAUCAUUUCAGUCUACAUCUAAGAGGCCUAGGGAGCUCUCUAGCGGAUCAUAUUUUCCAGCUAGAUAUCCUGGCCGAAGCAGGGGUAGAAGAUUUGAGGGUUCUAGAGCUCAAACCACUACAGUUGCAAGUACUGGCAGUACUCGACCUCCUAGGCCGGAAUGUCCUCAAUGUGGGAGACGCCACCCCGGAGAGUGUAGAGCAGGUGAAAAUAUUUGUUUCAGAUGUGGGCGUCCGAUCACUUUAUUCGGGAUUGUCUGA